AGUUUUAAGUUUCAUCCAAUGAAGAACCUAAAGGAGGGGCGGGGAGGCGGGUCAGUGACGUAAUGUGGAUUGAUUGGCACUCAGGCCGUCGACAUCCAGGAUUAGCCCGAAGCUUCGCCAAUCCCGAGGCAGAGUGGGACACUGCGAGCGCCGAGGCUUGGGUUUGGCUGGACUCGAUUUAAAGAGACAGAAGCAAUCGGAGCCCUAGAACACGGUCCCCAAGACCCUCCCCCCAGUCCUCGGGACUUCUUGGGUCCCUAGAGCUGGGAAGAUGGUUUGCGGCGGCUUUGCCUGUUCCAAGAAUGCGUUGUGCGCCCUCAACGUGGUCUACAUGCUGGUGGGUUUCCUGCUCAUUGGAGUGGCUGCUUGGGGUAAGGGCCUGGGUCUGGUGUCCAGCAUCCACAUCAUCGGAGGAGUUAUUGCUGUUGGAGUCUUCCUUCUCCUCAUCGCUGUGGUUGGACUGGUGGGUGCUGUCUACCACCACCAAGUUCUGCUCUUCUUUUAUAUAAUCAUCCUUGGUUUGGUCUUCAUCUUCCAGUUUGGAAUCUCUUGCUCCUGUUUGGCUAUUAACAGAAGCAAACAGACAGAUGUCAUUAAUGCUUCUUGGUGGGUCAUGAGCAACACAACCCGGAAUGAACUGGAAAGAAGUCUUGAUUGUUGUGGCUUGUUCAACCUCACGUACCAGAAUCAACAAGAUUCUACUUCAUGCUAUGCAAUUUGCAAGAACCGAAACCCUCCAUGCCAGGUGUGUGGAGAAAAGAUUCUUAACCAUUCAGAUGAAGCCCUAAAAAUUCUGGGGGGUGUUGGACUCUUCUUCAGUUUUACAGAGAUCCUUGGUAUUUGGUUAGCAAUGAGAUUUCGCAAUCUGAAGGAUCCUCGAGCCAACCCUAGUGCCUUUCUAUGA